CUUCCACCCUUAGCUCUCAAACCCACUAACUAACCCAGCAAAGUCGGGGGGGCCUCAGAUCAGCCCAACCCUCUGCCAGCUCCACCUUCACAGACGAGGGACCAGGGCCCCAGUGCUGUGCCUAAGACCUCCUUCAACUUAGCAGUAGCCCAGUGGAAGCUGCAGGAUCCCGGAUCCAGAUCCACUGUGCGUGGCAAGGCCAGCACCCCUCCCUGCCCCCAACACUGUCCACCACGAUCUGCUUUGAGUCCAGCAAUCUCAUCCUGCCCUUUAUCCUAGUUAGAUACCUCAACACAAGAAACCCGGUUUUCCAGCUCAACUCACAUUCUCCUAACUCUAAUUCCAAGUAGUUCUUUACAUUCCCUUUUAUUCCUGCAACUCCCACCCCUUCCUGACUUCUGAAACUUGUCCUCUGUGCCCUCCAAUAUUUACACCAACAAAAUUUCCUCCGUCCUCUUCCCUUCCCUACAAAUUCCCUCCAUUUUGUUUUCCCUAAAACCUGGUUCUCCCCCAAGGACACUGUUUCUUCUGCAACACUUCUGCUCCCCUCAUCCAACUGGACCUGGCAACAUGCAAGACGUCUUCAUUUCUCUUCAUUGCUACUCUCCUUCCUUCCCUAAAAACACCCAGCUUUGAAUCUCAUGUGACUGGACUCCAGCAGUCACUGUGUCUUCUUGCAGCCCCACAAAUCACUCCCUGAGUUGCUAGCUCCCAGCUCUCCAUCACUAGUCUUGAUAAUUCUUGGUGAUUUCAAUACCCACAUGGCUGAUGCUUCUCAUACCCUGGCCUCUCCAUCCCCUGAUCUCAUCUCCUCCAGUGAUGUGCUCUCCACCCCUGCCUUGACUGCCACUCACUCCAGUGGUCACACCCUUAAGCAAGACUCCUCAAGAGUAGCUUACACUAGCUGCCUCCAAUUCAUUGAUUCUCUGUUGAACUGACUCUCAUAAGGUUUUCAUCCCACUACUUCGUAGAAACUGCUCUUGUCAAGCAUCUGCGUGACCUCCAAGUUGUUAAAUUCACUAACCAAUUCUCAGUCCUUAUCCCACUGACCUCUCAGCAGCAUUUGCCAUAGUAAUCACUGUUUUCUCCUUGACACUCUUUCUCCCCUUGAUAUCCAGGAUCCACAUUCUGUCUCUCCUAAUACCCCACUGCCCUCACCUCCUCAAACUCUAGGGCUCAGUCCUUAGAUUUCUCUGCCCUCACCCCAGAGUGAUCACACCCAGUCCUGUGGCUCUAAAGGCCAUUUAUAUCUGGGGUGACUCCCAGUGAGUAUCUCCAGCCCAGCCCUCUCCUGUAGGUUCCAGACCCAUAGAUCUUGUAGACUACUCAAGACCUCCAUUUGGCUGUCUCCCCGGCAGGUCAAAUUUAACAGGUAGAAGACUGAGCUCUUGAUCUUCCCCACACCCUGCUCCUCCAGAGGAUUUCCCACCCUGUUUACGAGAAAUUCAUCCUUCCAGUUACUCAGGCCCAAAACCUUGGAAUCACCCUUGCUCCUUUUCUGUCACACCUACAAUCCAUCCAUAAGCAAACUAUCUUCCCCCUCCCCUGAUUUCUCACCAGGGUUACUGCAGCAGCCUCCAGACUGGUUUUUCUGUUUUAACCCUUGCCCCCUUCUGUCUGUGAUCCUGUUAAAAUGUCCAUCUGAUUGUUGAAAACUUCCAGUGGCUUUCCAUCUCACUCAGAAGGAAAACCUAAGUUCUUGCAGUGAUCAGUACUGCCUCACUGGUCUGCUCUGUUUCCUCUCUGAGGACAUCUCCUGCUGCGGGCCUCUCACUCUGGGCCACCCACACUGACCUUCUUGCUGUUUCUCAAGCUCACCAGGCUUUGAGCCAGCUGUUCCUUCUCCCUGAAGUGCUCUACCCUCAGGCAGUCACAUGGCUCACGCCCUUACCUUCAGGAGGUCUUGACUCUCAUCAUUUUCUCAAUUCAGUCUUGCCUGACCACCCUAUUUAAAAGUGAAGGCUUCUCCCUGGUGUAUCUCAGCACUUCCCUUCUUCCCUGCUUGAUUUUUCUUCACAGCACUUACCACUAUCUGUGGUGGGUUGGAAAACAUGGCCACAGUAUUUUACAGCUACUCCUAUCAACCUGGGCUAGGCUUGUGACCAGUAGAAUGUGGCAGAAGUUAACGGUGUAUCAGCUCCAGAGCCUGGAACUGAAGAGAUCUUGCAGCUUCUGCCUUCACCCUUUUGGAAAACUGCUCUGAGGCCAUCAUGCUUUGAGGAAGCCCAGGAGGAAACACUGCAGAGAGGCUCAACCACCCCAGCUCUCCCAGCUGAGCUCAGCCGCCCACCGAUCCCCCAGCUGAAUGCAACCAUAAGAGUGAGCCCAGGUUCUACCCUGCUAGGCUGCCACCACAUUCCUAAGAACCACGGGAAAAGGCAUUUGCUCCUCCGAAGAAAUUCUCAGACUGAUUUUUCACUGUAUUGUCAGGCCACAGGACUCACUGUAAAUCCCUUGGACGUUGUCUCACCCGGGAAGGGAAAGCAGCCAGCAGCCUUCCAGCCCUCUUGUGCUUUCCCUGGGAGUGCGCCCCGUGCUCAGCCAUGGUGGACAUGGGGGCCCUGGACAACCUGAUCGCCAACACCGCCUACCUGCAGGCCCGGAAGCCCUCGGACUGCGACAGCAAAGAGCUGCAGCGGCGGCGGCGUAGCCUGGCCCUGCCCGGGCUGCAGGGCUGCGCGGAGCUCCGCCAGAAGCUGUCCCUGAACUUCCACAGCCUGUGUGAGCAGCAGCCCAUCGGUCGCCGCCUCUUCCGUGACUUCCUAGCCACAGUGCCCACGUUCCGCAAGGCGGCAACCUUCCUAGAGGACGUGCAGAACUGGGAGCUGGCCGAGGAGGGACCCACCAAAGACAGCGCGCUGCAGGGGCUGGUGGCCACUUGUGCGAGUGCCCCUGCCCUGGGGAACCCGCAACCCUUCCUCAGCCAGGCUGUGGCCACCAAGUGCCAAGCAGCCACCACUGAGGAAGAGCGAGCGGCCGCAGUGACGCUGGCCAAGGCUGAGGCCAUGGCUUUCUUGCAAGAGCAGCCCUUUAAGGAUUUCCUGACCAGCGCCUUCUACGACAAGUUUCUGCAGUGGAAACUCUUUGAGAUGCAACCAGUGUCAGACAAGUACUUCACUGAGUUCAGAGUGCUGGGGAAAGGUGGUUUUGGGGAGGUAUGUGCCGUCCAGGUGAAAAACACUGGGAAGAUGUAUGCCUGUAAGAAACUGGACAAGAAGCGGCUGAAGAAGAAAGGUGGUGAGAAGAUGGCUCUCUUGGAAAAGGAAAUCUUGGAGAAGGUCAGCAGCCCUUUCAUUGUCUCUCUGGCCUAUGCCUUUGAGAGCAAGACCCAUCUCUGCCUUGUCAUGAGCCUGAUGAAUGGGGGAGACCUCAAGUUCCACAUCUACAACGUGGGCACGCGUGGCCUGGACAUGAGCCGGGUGAUCUUUUACUCAGCCCAGAUAGCCUGUGGGAUGCUGCACCUCCAUGAACUCGGCAUCGUCUACCGGGACAUGAAGCCUGAGAAUGUGCUUCUGGAUGACCUCGGCAACUGCAGGUUAUCUGACCUGGGGCUGGCCGUGGAGAUGAAGGGUGGCAAGCCCAUCACCCAGAGGGCUGGAACCAAUGGUUACAUGGCUCCUGAGAUCCUAAUGGAAAAGGUAAGUUACUCCUAUCCUGUGGACUGGUUUGCCAUGGGAUGCAGCAUUUAUGAAAUGGUUGCUGGACGAACACCAUUCAAAGAUUACAAGGAAAAGGUCAGUAAAGAGGAUCUAAAGCAAAGAACUCUGCAAGACGAGGUCAAAUUCCAGCAUGAUAACUUCACAGAGGAAGCAAAAGAUAUUUGCAGGCUCUUCUUGGCUAAGAAACCAGAGCAACGCUUAGGAAGCAGAGAAAAGUCUGAUGAUCCCAGGAAACAUCAUUUCUUUAAAACGAUCAACUUUCCUCGCCUGGAAGCCGGCCUAAUCGAACCCCCAUUUGUGCCAGACCCUUCGGUGGUUUAUGCCAAAGACAUUGCUGAAAUUGAUGAUUUCUCUGAGGUUCGGGGGGUGGAAUUUGAUGACAAAGAUAAGCAGUUCUUCAAAAACUUUGCGACAGGUGCUGUUCCUAUAGCAUGGCAGGAAGAAAUUAUAGAAACAGGACUGUUUGAGGAACUGAAUGACCCCAACAGACCUACGGGUUGUGGGGAGGGUAAUUCAUCCAAGUCUGGCGUGUGUUUGUUAUUGUAAAUUGCUCUCUUUACCAGACAGGCAGCAGGAGUCUCGGCUGACAUAAUCCUCAAAUGUUCCACACGUGGAAAUCUGUGGAAUGAGGGCUAAUCAGUUAGGAGUGACAUCACAACCACAAAACAAUUCAAAGGACAGGCAAGCUCACUACUAGAACACAUUUUAUUUUCUUUCUCUUUCUUUCUUCAUAAAGAUGAGUAAAGUCUCAGUUUUCACUGAGGGCAGGGAAAAGGAACACUCAGGUUUAUUCUGAUAAACUGAAAGCAUCAGCCUUUUACCAUCAUGUCCCUGUGUAUUACGCAAAGUCCUAGGAACAGAGAAUGGAACUGUGUGGUGUGCCCAGAAAAUGAGCAUUUGCAAUUCUUAGUAAAUAAUCAUCUUAGUUUUUCUUUGUUUAUAUCUUUUUUUCCCUUCAUCUUUCUUCGGCUUCUAUACUUAUAAAAAGGAUUUUGAAGCUGGAAACAAAUGUUUCUGACAUUCUCCCCCUAAAAAGGGGUGGAUUACAAUAUUUUGGCAAUGUUUUAGAUCACAGAAUAAUUUUCAAUUUCACUGACAGUUUCUUUUGCAAUUUUGUGGAAAUAAUUUACUAUCAUAAUGUUGAAGCAUUUUAAACGUAAACAUCCAUGACAUCUGUGAAUUAAAGCAUUCUGUAAAUUUAGUUGAGUCCUUUAAGUAAUAUGGUACAAAUUGCUUCAACUUGCACUACCAUAUGCCAUCGGUUCCCAAACUCUGCUGAACUUUGGAAUCAUCUAGGGAUCUUUUAAAAAACUAAUGCCUGACUCCCAUCCAUAGACAUUCUGAUCCCCACUGCCAGGUAUGAGAACAGCUUGACCAUUUAGAAUUUCAGAAGUUCCCCAGGUGAUUCUAAUGUGCAGCAGAGUUUGGCGGGCACUGCUGUGCACAUUUGAAUGUUAUUACAUUCAAUCUUAUUUUGGUUGCUCAAAACUUCAAUCAUACAUUUUGAUGGCAACUUUUCAAAUGUCCCCAAAGCAUGUCAUUUUAGCAAUUGCAGUAUAAAUGAAACAAGACAAUCUAUUCAUCUUAUAGCUUCUCUUGUCCUUGCACACUUUAGCUUCUCAUACAUAUCCUGGGAGCUCGGUCUCUUGGCUAUUUCAAGGCCUGAAGGAGACCUAUGGGCUUAGAAAUUGAGUUGAACAGGCCAGGUGCGGUGGCUCAUGCCUGCAAUUCCAGCACUUUGGGAGGCUGAGGCGGAUGGAUCAUGAGGUCAGGGGUUCAAGACCAGCCUGGCCAACAUGUUGUAAACCCCGUCUCUGCUAAAAAUACAAAAAUUAGCCCGGUGUGGUGGUGCACAUCUAUAAUCCCAGUUACCCGGGAGCCUGAGGUGGGAGAAUUGCUUAAAUCCAGGAGGCGGAGGUUGUAGUGAGCCAAGAUCGCAACAUUGCACUCCAGCCUGGGCAGCAAGAGCAAGACUCUAUCUCAAAAAAAAAAAAAAAAAAAAACCCAGAAAAGAAAUUGAAUUGAAAAAAUACUAACCCUCAUUUCAAGUGGCUGCCCAGCCAACACUGUAUGAUAGAAUUAGCACUUCUCAAAAGCACAGCCAAGGUGAGAAUUCUACAGCUGCGAAAAAAUAUUUGGGAUACAAAUAUAAAGCUGGGUGAUAUUUUUUAAAAGGAUGUAUGUGCACAUAAUAAAAUCUGAAUUUAUCCCAGUGGUAAAAAACCUGGCUGAAGUCAAUGUAAAAGUUUUGUCCCUUGAGUUAAGGAUUCAAGAGCUGCAAAAGUGCCAGUCAAAAAAAAUGUUGGUUAACUGGAAUCUGAAUAACAGUAAUACUCAUCUACAAGACAGCAUUAACCAUACCUGGAACAAGUUAAGAAGAAGCCCUCUGAGAGUUGAGGCCUAGGCUGGUGCACCUGCGGCUCACUUUCCCGCUCCUCCUCCAUCCUCAGCAUGCUCCCUAAUUCUCCAAAUCCUAACCUAGGAUGCUUAGAUUUCUGUGUCACCAAAGCAGGAUAGAAGUGUGCCCAGGAGAUUUUUUUUUUUUUCCUGAGGUAAGAAAGUAAAUUAAAGUUUGGUUAAGUUUUGAACAAGUCCCUUUUAACAAAAAAACUGAUUGGUGAUUAACAGAAAUCCAAUUAACCAGAGCACUCCAAUGGUAGAGUUCGCAGGAUUGGGCUUUAUAGACAUUAGACAUUUAAAAACAACAUCGUGUUUAUUUGUUGAUUAUGCCUUAAAGCUGGCAGAGGGACAAAUGCAAACUAAUAAUUAAAGAUAAAUAGCUCAGUUUUUAAAAGGACAAAAAAUUUGGAGAGAUAAAAAAAUAAAAAUGUCUUGUUGCAUUGGUU